ACGACGGCACUUGCUCUAGCAAAGGCAAGGGAAUGUGAGUGGCAAGUACUAAGUAGUAGUAGUAGUAGUAGACGACUAGUAGUACUAAGUAACUAUUCAAAUUAGAAGAGGGCGAGAAGUAACAAGCCAAUGGGCACUUCCAAACCCAUAUCACCCUUCAGACUAUCCUCCCUCUUACGCUCACAAAAGGACCCAACCCUCGCCUUCCAACUCUUCCUCAACCCAAACCACAACAACCCGAACCCACGCCCAUUUCGCUACUCCCUCCUUUCCUACGACCUCAUCAUCACCAAACUCGGUCGCGCAAAAAUGUUCCCCCAAAUGGAACAAGUCCUCCAACUCCUCCAAAGCGAAACGCGCUUCCAAGUCCCCGAACCCCUCUUCUGCCACGUUAUCUCCUUCUAUGCCCGCGCUCGUCUCCCCGCACGUGCCAUCCGCACGUUCCUCUCCAUUCCCUCUUUCCGUUGCACCCCCACCUUCAAGUCCUUCAACUCCCUCCUCCACGCGCUCCUCACGUGCCGCGAUUUUCACUCCCUCACGCAAUUCCUCUCGCGCGUUAACGAAUUCGGCGCCCCAGACGCCUGCACUUAUAACAUCCUCAUCAACGCGUGUUCCUUAAGCUGCGACGCGGAACGCGCGUGGAAACUGUUCGAUGAAAUGCGCACGCGCGGGGUUCGCCCCACCGGGGUUACGUUCGGGACUUUGAUUAACUUGCUGUGCAAGAAAUCGCAGUUGCAAGAGGCGUUUAAGGUGAAAGAGGAAAUGGAGAGGGUUUUUAAGUUGAAGCCUAAUGGUUCUGUGUAUGUUAAUUUGAUUAAAGGGGUUUGUGGGGUUGGGGACUUUGAUUGUGCUUUUAGGAUGAAGGAUGAGAUGGUUAGGAACAAUUUGAGGUUGGAUGUGGUUGUGUAUAACACUUUGAUUUCUGCGCUUCUCAAGGCGGGGAAGAAGGAGGAAGGGUUUAGGGUUUUGGAGGAAAUGAAGAAUGGUGGUUGCAAACCGGAUUCGGUGACAUGUAACGUGUUGAUUGGGGAGUUCUGUAGGGAGAGGAAUUUUGAAGAAGCUUAUAGGGUUUUGGAUGGGAUGGAAGGUGUGAAGCCUGAUGUUGUUGGGUACAAUGUGGUUAUUGGUUGGUUGUGUAAAGAGGGUAAAUGGAGGGAGGCGAAUGAUCUGUUUCAAGAUAUGCCAAGACGCCGGUGUGUUCCUGAUGUUGUGACGUAUCGCACGCUAUUUGAUGGGCUUUGCCGUUGGAUGCAUUUUGUGGAGGCUGCUUUGGUUUUGGAGGAGAUGGUUUUUAAAGGCUUUGUUCCGCUCUCCGGUAGUUUGAAUGAGUUUGUCGGUGCGCUGUGCCGGGAAGGGAAUUUUGAGUUGCUCUUGACAGUUUUGAGUGGUUUGGGUCGGGGAGGAUUUUGCAAUGAGGAUAUAUGGAAAACUGUGGUUUCCUUGGUUUGCAAAUCAGACAAGCUGUUGGGUCCUUUUGAGCUUUUUGAUGCCUUGGUGUUGGCAUGAAUUGUAUAUAUGGGUUUUCACCAAAUGCACAAGUGCAUAUUGUUAUGGAUGACCUGCAUAUCUCAAAUCCGACCAAGAAGUGCACUAAAAAUAUAAAAAAGCAAUACCAGAGAGGCAAGUCUGUGUGCUACACAAAGUAGAGCUGAAUAUCCAAUGAAGAGCAGUUGCAACAAACACUUAAGAUUUUGAAGAAGGCUUGGAGCAAUAGUUGGACAUUCCAUUUAUUGAAGGAGAUAAGCUAAUUAGAGGCCUUCUAAGCACCAAUAAAAAAGUCUGAUGCUCCCAAACCAUGAGGGAUGUAGCUCCAAUCUGAAUUAUUGUAAAUUUCCCAAAUUAUUCUAAUUUUGCAUCAGGUAAGUAUACGUUUGGUUUGUUUUCUAUUGCAUAAAACUGGCUGAGAUGUAUCUAAUCGUAAUUAACAUAAUAUGAACUU